GAUAAAUCAAAUAAAUAGCGACCAGGGCAGGACCAGAGCCAUCACUCAAGCGAGUUAAUUCAAAAUGAAAACAUUGGCAGUUCUCGCCGUGUGUCUUGCAGUGGCCUAUGCCCAAAAAGACCCACAUUUUGCCGAUGGAAGAAACACAAUCGUCCAUCUUUUUGAGUGGAAAUGGUCAGACAUUGCCUCAGAAUGUGAGAACUUUCUCAGUGUGAAAGGAUAUGGUGGUGUACAGGUUUCUCCUCCAAGUGAAAACGCCGUCGUGGAAGGCAGACCAUGGUGGGAAAAAUACCAACCCGUCAGCUACAUCCUGAACAAUCGUGCCGGUGACGAAUCAGCAUUCGCUGACAUGGUCAGUCGUUGUAACAAAGUCGGAGUCAGAGUCUACAUUGAUUUGGUCGUGAACCACAUGGCCACCUCAACUGGACAAGGUUCAGCAGGUAGCUCUUGCGACCCAGGCAGCAAGUCGUACCCAGCCGUACCUUAUAGCAACGAAAACUUCCACGCCACUUGUGACAUCAACUACAGCGAUGCUGCUUCUAUCAGGAACUGCGAGCUUUCAGGCUUGAAGGACUUGGAUCAAAGUCAAGACUACGUCAGGGGCAAGAUCGAGGAGUACAUGAACCACGUGAUCAGUCUUGGUGUUGCCGGAUUCCGUGUGGACGCAGCUAAGCACAUGUGGCCCGAUGACUUGUCUGCUAUUUUUGGUAGUUUGAACGACCUUAACACUGACCAUGGAUUCGCCAGUGGAUCUAGAGCAUUCUUCUUCCAGGAAGUCAUCGACACAGGAUCUGACCCUGUCUACAACACUGAAUACACCGGCUUCGGUAAGGUUUGCGAAUUCAAGUUCGGUAACUUCUUGGGACCAGUAUUCAGAGGAGAGAACGGACUGAAAUACCUGACCAACUGGGGUACUGCCUGGGGUCUUUUGGACGGUGGAGACACAGUUUCCUUCGUGGACAACCACGACAACGAGAGAGACAGCGAUGUGUACUUGCACUACAAAAACGCCAAGCCCUACAAGGCUGCUAUCGCUUUCAUGUUGGCUCACAGCUAUGAUACUACUACCAGAGUGUUGUCCAGUUACUAUUUCGAUGGACACGACCAAGCUCCUCCAGCUGACGGAGACAACAUUCUCUCCCCUGGCUUCAACGAUGACGGUACCUGCACCAACGGCUGGGUAUGCCAACACAGAUGGUCUCCCAUCUACAACAUGGUCGAAUUUAGAAAUGUAGUGUCCGGCACCGAACUGACCAACUGGUGGGACAACGGCGACAACCAGAUUGCCUUCAGCAGAGGCGACAAAGGAUUCUUCGCUGCCACAACCAGCGGUGAUAUCAACAGCAGUAUCCCAACCGGACUACCGGACGGUUCUUACUGUGACGUCAUCUCUGGUAGUCUUUCCAGUGGUUCUUGUACCGGCAAAACUUUGACAGUUAGCGGCGGAAAUGUCAACGUACAGCUGAGCAGUGGUGACGAAGAAGCGGCCGUUGCUAUCCAUGUCAACGCUAAAUUGUAAACUGAUGUUUGAUCGAGAUUUUUCUGUGUAUUUUUGGCUGUGUAACUUUUUUAUACGAAUUAAAUGAUAUAAUAUCUAAGCAUA